GCUGCUGGAGGCGGAUAACGUCCUUCCUCUUUCUUACUCUUCUUCUUCCGCAGUCCUUUCCUUUCCCUCCCUGCGAGCCUCAGAAUAUAUCUCCAUUGAUAAGCGGCAGCCAGCAAGCUGAAUCGAAAGACAAGCCAGAACCUUCCAUUGGCCGCAGUUCAGGCUCUCGAACACCUUCUGAUGAGAUUGACUUCGGUUCUUUAACGAUGGAGGGUUUUGCAGUAGCCGCCAUUACCAGCAUCCCCACUUCAACCACCACAACACGCAGCAGCGCCUCCCUCUUAUCUCCUCUCGUAUUCAAUGACAGAAGAAGGGCGGUGGCCAGAAACCUCACGAGAUAUCGAAAACCCGGAAAGUUAUUGGUCUUUGCUUCCAAGGAGGAGCCUAGGCUCGAAGAAUGGGACCAAAUGGAGCUCAAGUUUGGGAAAUUGCUCGGGGAAGACCCCAAAUUGACCAUGGCCAAGAUAAUGGGCAAGAAAGCGAACCCAGAUGCCUCUUAUCUUGAAAUCGAAGAAUCGUUCUAUAGGAGGAAGGGUAAAGCGGUAGAUGUGAAGGAGGUCCCCUUCGAAGUGUCGAAGAAGGGGCAGUCUACCGGGUCAUUGGAUGGGUUGAAUCUAGUUCGGCCUGUUCCGAAGAGAGGAGUGAAGUUCCAAGCUGAUGAUAGUCAGCCAGUGCCAUCAGUGGUCAAGAAACCAGCUCAGGCGAAUGGGAAGUCCGUGGGCAGUAGUGUUAGGAGUAGCGUUCCAAAUGUUAUAUUGAGAAAGCCGACUGUGAUUAAUGAGGAUGAUGUUGGAGACAAGCCGUCGACUUUGAGAAUUAAAAGGAAUUUAUCAUUGAGUAUGAGAAGAGAGCCAAUGAAAGAGAAGUACAGCGACAUGACUCUGCUCAGAAAGCCUGAGCCAGUGAGUGUUGUUGAAAGUAAAAAACCUGAGCUUGCAAGUGACACUAAAUCUGUAUCCAGUGAAGAUGUUAAUGUUAAGAUCGAGGCAAAAGAGGAAGAUGGGCAGCGGGUGUUUAAUGAUUUUACGCUGAUACAAAAGCCUGAUGCAACCAAUUUGGAGUCCAUGCGUGCUGACAGUGAGGAGCACAUUAUCAGUGAUCUUAAUGACUCGUCAGAAAAUGUUGAUGUUCCAAAUUCAAAUUCUGAACCAAAUGAUGAAUAUCGGCUGCAUAAUUCAAGAGAUGUGGAAACUGAUUAUAGCAUCAAGUUCUCCGCAGAGGCUUCCCUACAAAAGAAACCACAGAGGCUAGGUGAACCUGCAAAGGAAACAUCAUACGAUCCUACAGGAACAGCAGAAGUGACUUCUGAAAAUCCUUUCGAUGGUUUUGGCAAUGAGAGUCUCUCUGCUACUUCAGAAUUCGAGGAAAGUGAAGAUGCUGAUUGGAUGAGGGCUCAAGAUCUGGUCAAGACCAGAGGAAGAGGAGAAGUGGAAUUGCUGAGCUCUAGCACUAGAGGUUUCGUUGUAUCUUUUGGUUCAUUGAUAGGAUUUUUGCCUUAUCGAAAUCUCACAGCCAAGUGGAAGUUCUUGGCUUUUGAGUCGUGGUUGAGACAGAAAGGCUUAGACCCAUCUAAGUACAAGCAGAACUUAGGAGUCAUUGGAAGGCAUGAGGUUGCAGAAAAAAGCAAUUCAGAUAAUGGGGAUCAAGACCCACUACUUCGUGAUGAGAAUAUCAGGGGGGAAAUUUUACCCAAUAUGCAAUUGGAGGAUCUUCUAAGAAUAUAUGAUCAGGAGAAGCUGAAAUUUCUAUCUUCAUUUGUUGGACAGAAAGUCAAGGUUAAUGUAUUAGUGGCUGACAGGAAAUUCAGGAAGCUUAUCUUUUCUAUGAGACCAAAAGAAAAAGAAGAGUUGGUUGAGAAGAAAAGAAGUGUCAUGGCCAAUCUUCGUGUUGGAGAUGUUGUCAAAUGUUGCAUUAAGAAAAUUACAUAUUUCGGCAUUUUUGUCGAGGUUGAAGGCGUGCCUGCACUUAUUCACCAGACUGAAGUGUCAUGGGAUGCCACUUUGGAUCCUAUGGCAUUUUUCAAAAUUGGCCAGAUCGUGGAGGCAAAAGUGCACCAGCUGGAUUUCGCCCUUGAACGCAUUUUCUUGUCACUGAAGGAAAUUACGCCUGAUCCAUUGAUUGAGGCGUUGGAAUCAGUUGUUGGUGACCACAGUUCAUUGGAUGGAAGACUCGAAGCAGCAGAAGUGGAAACCGAGUGGGCUGAGGUUGAGUCACUUAUCAAAGAGCUAGAGCAGAUCGAAGGAGUUCAAAAUGUAACAAAAGGUCGAUUUUUCUUGAGCCCUGGUUUGGCACCGACUUUUCAGGUCUACAUGGCCUCGAUGUUUGAGAAUCAAUACAAAUUGCUUGCUCGAGCUGGGAACAGAGUACAAGAGGUAAUAGUAGAAGCAUCGUUGGACAAAGAGGAAAUGAAAUCGGUGAUCCUGACAUGCACCAACAGGGUGGAAUAGACCGGCUUCAUCUUUGUCAAGAGGUUUGAACUGUCUAAAUCCCUCGGAGCCAAAGCCAUUCGGUCGGUGCUCAACAGGAUGAUACGGCAACAGAGUCUGAAGAAUGGCACAAAUUAGUGAUGUCAGAAGCCCGGAGAGGACUAACUUAAAGAUGUCAACUGGCGUCUAUGGACAAGCGGGGUUAGAUUGUUUGUGUUUAUUGACUUUCUGGGUUUUCUUUCCCCUUUGCUCCUGUGAUCAAUGUUAUGCGGUUGGAUAUAUGCAAGUCGGCAUGUAACAUCCCAACAAUAAAGGGACGAAUUAUACGGGUCAUACUCAAUUUCAGUCGCGGUGCAACUUUCUUGAGUCACCGGAUCAGAAGUCGGUCAACUUUGUCUGUAGAUGACUUGCAGAAAAUCGAAAAUUACUGGAAGAGAAA